AUGCUGGAUCUUGAGGAGCACAAGGGUACUGGUGAGCUCUUGCAUGCCAUAAAAAUUGAGAAGGCUAAUGGCCCAGAUCUUGAGGAGCACAAGGCUGCUAGUGAGCUCCAUGUGGAACCACCAAAGUGCAAGAAAAGGAAGCGAAGUAGGCAGAGUAGCGGCGAGCUUCAUGCAGAACACCAAGAAACAAACAAAGUCGUCAUGAAGUCGUCGACGUCCAAGGAAAAGAGGAAGGCAAGUGAAGGAAUGUGCACUAAUCCACCGGCACUGUUGCUUGGACCUUUGGCCGUUGACAUGGAGAAGCAGGCACCACCAUUAAAGAAGAAAAGGCUUAAUAAGAGAGAUGCUGCAACUAUACCAUCAUCCGGAUCUUUGCCCAUUGACAAGGAUAGGCAACCAUCACCUCGAUCUUUGCCUGUUGACAAGGAUAAGCAGCCUGCACCUGGAUCUUUGCCCCUUGACAAUAAUAAGGAGCCAUCAUCUGGAUCUUUGCCCAUUGACAAGAAUAAGCAUCCAUCACAAUCCAAAAAAGUGGUCCUUUGUUAA